GUAGGACUCAAAAUCAAACUUCUAUAGCUUGCUUAGCUUUUAUGGAUUUUGAGAGUGCGUGUAACCAAAGUACGUGGACGGCUUCUCCAAUUUGGCGGCUUGUGGCACGUGGUAGAAUCUUGUGAAUCUUAUUUGGUGUAUGUGAACGUGUUAAUUGCACAAAUGUCUUUGUCCUCAGUCGGAACGGAAGUACGCUCACGCGCGCCAUCCAAUGAACUUGGCAGUUGAAUUCGAUGGCUACGCUCUUCCAAACGCGUGAGCGAUGAGUUGCUGUUUACAGGCGGACCGUUUCGGUGACAAGUAGACUUUCAACGGUAGUAGCUGGCCGACCACAACAACCGAACCACGCCGUCCUCCGGCGACAUUUUACUGGAUUAUAACUGAGGUGGGGUUUUACACUGACUUGGCCCAAAUAUGGUAUUUUUGGGCCAUGUGCAGCACUUCAACCUGUUCUUUCCAAUCCAAUCCUUUGAGUGAGGAAGCAAACGACGUCGUCGAAAUAAUUUUUUUCUUCUUUUUCAUCCUCCUCCUCAUCCGUUAGGCCCUAACUAAACGUAGGAAGAACUUGGGAGUUUGAGCAGCAAGUUUAAGAGCAAAGGAAGAACAAAUUAUAAAAGAAUACAUAUUGCUGAGAGAAUGUUCUACAGAGGGUUGCUAAUGCUAUUACAGGCAACCCCGGGGUAAGGGUUGUCGCAAGCUGAGAAAUGAUGAAGCUGCAGUUAGUUCAUUUGAGGAAUUGGGAAUGAGCUUUAGGAAUAAAUGAAGACAUUUUAUUGGCUGAAGUUAGGGCUGGAUUUGAUUUAAGGUUGAAAGGAGCUCCAUACUGCCAAUGAUACGGACUAUCAUGGCUAAUAACCAGUAGAUAGUUCGAGACCAAAAUUGUGGUGACUGGGCAAAGCCUGUGGACCUUUAGAGUAAAAAUAAGAAAGCAGUUUCAUGCCUCAUAGGAAAAUGUUGUACCAUAUUUGGAGGAGGAUAGACAUUAGGCUCGAAGACAGUUUGGUUUGUGGCGUUACUAAUUUAUAGUGAAUACAAUCACAUAACAGUCAGCAAGUGAAUUUUGUCUUUUGGUAGGAAGCCAAGCAAAACAACAUUUUUUUUUUCCUUCAAGAAAUGCCAUGGCAGCCUCAAGUAAAGCUAACCAAACUAUUUUGCCAGUUAUCUACACUAUUUUGUUCCAGGAAGCUUCUAGCUGUCUUUCGAUCUUGUGGUUGUUACAUGGCUGCUUUCUGCAUACGGGGCUAAAUGCUUCCCAAGCAACGAUCUUUUUUUCAUCUGAAAACUGGAUUGUAGAGAUAUCCCGAUGGUGAAGAUCGGGAAAUGGGUGCUAAACGACAGCGAUUAGUUGAUCAGGUUCCUUCAUUCUAUGGAACUUCCCCUGGUUCAAGUUUUAUGUAUAAUCCACCACCUUAUGGAUAUGUUGCCCAACCUCCACCUUUCCCUGUUGUCCGACUCCGUGGUCUCCCCUUUGAUUGCACAGAAACAGAUGUGGCUGAGUUCUUCCAUGGUCUGGACAUUGUUGAUGUUCUUUUUGUCCACAAGGGUGGGAAGUUCACUGGUGAAGCCUUUUGUGUUUUGGGUUAUCCGCUUCAAGUUGAUUUUGCUCUUCAAAAGAAUAGGCAGAACAUGGGCAGGCGAUAUGUUGAGGUUUUCAGAAGUAAGAGGCAUGAUUAUUACAAGGCAAUUGCAAAUGAAGUUUCAGAUGCUCGUGGUGGUUCACCAAGGCGAAAUGCUGGAAGGACUAAAUCUCUUGACGAGGGAAAGGACCCAGCCGAAUAUACAGGGGUAUUACGUUUGAGAGGACUGCCAUUUUCUGCUGGGAAGGAUGACGUAAUGGAGUUCUUCAAAGAUUUUGUGUUGUCAGAGGAUUCAAUUCAUAUUACAAUGAACUCAGAGGGAAGGCCAACUGGGGAAGCAUUUGUGGAUUUUGCAAGUGCAGAAGAUUCAAAAGCAGCAAUGACCAAGGAUAGGAUGACUCUGGGGAGUCGUUAUAUAGAAUUGUUCCCUUCAUCAGUUGAGGAGUUGGAGGAAGCCGUCACAAGAGGCCGGUGAUGUUUGCUUCUGCCAUUUGUACUACUGGUUAUGUUUAACCUUGCCUAUUUUUUCAAAUUUUGCUUCAUUAUAUUUUCUUAGUUAGCAUGGUUUUUGCUAUUGUUUUAUGCCUUUUUUUUUCUUCUUCUUUUUUUUUUUCUCUUCUUUUCUUUAGAAUUUCAAAUAACAACUUAUGCAAUAUAAUCAGAAUGUAUUUCUAUUGUGUGUAAA